UUGGAGAUCGAGCGGGCGGCGGCAGCGGAGCCUGAGGCUUCCCGGAGGGUGAAUCGCGGAAAAGGAAAAAAUAAUCAUGGAGACCCUGAUCCCUGUCAUUAAUAAACUGCAGGAGAUCUUCAGCACCGUGUCCGCCGAGAUCAUCGCGCUUCCUCAGAUCGUGGUGAUCGGCAGCCAGAGCAGUGGGAAGAGUUCUGUGUUGGAGAGUUUUGUGGGCAGAGACUUCCUCCCUCGAGGUUCUGGGAUUGUGACGCGGAGGCCCCUGGUCCUGCAGUUGGUCAAUGUGGCAUCACCAGAGGACAGGAAACUCACUGCCAGCGGUGACACCGGGAUCGUUGCUGAGGAAUGGGGCUCCUUCCUGCAUUGCAAAAACAAGGUGUUCACGGACUUCGAUGAGAUCCGCCAGGAGAUUGAGAGUGAGACGGAACGGGUGACUGGAGUCAAUAAGGGGAUCAGUCCAGAACCCAUCCACCUGAAGAUCUAUUCGUCCAGCGUUCUCAAUCUGACCCUCAUCGACCUGCCUGGCCUGACCAAGGUGCCAGUGGGAGACCAGCCGGCCGAUAUCGAACAGCAGAUCCGGGAGAUGCUGGCAUCGUAUAUCAGUCACCCCAACUCCCUGAUCUUGGCAGUCACUGCUGCCAACACAGACCUGGCAACGUCCGAGGCUCUGAAACUGGCUCGGGAAGUCGACCCUGACGGGCGCCGUACCCUGGCGGUGGUGACUAAGCUGGACCUGAUGGAUGCUGGCACUGACGCUGUCGAUGUGCUGACCGGCCGGGUCAUCCCUGUCAAGCUGGGCAUCAUUGGGGUGGUGAACAGGAGUCAACACGACAUUAAUGUGAAUAAAAGUAUCACUGAUGUGAUUCAGGACGAGAUGUGCUUCCUGCAGAAGAGGUACCCGUCCCUGGCUAACCGGAACGGCACCAAAUAUUUAUCCAAGACCCUCAACAGGUUACUGAUGCACCACAUCAGAGACUGCCUCCCGGAGCUGAAGACCCGGGUCAACGUGCUGACCGCCCAGUGCCAGUCCCUGCUGAGCAGUUACGGGCACCCCGUCGAGGACCAGAAUGCCACGCUGCUGCAGAUCAUCACCAAGUUCGCCACCGAAUACUGCAACACGAUCGAGGGCACGGCCAGGAACAUCGAGACCUCCGAGCUGUGCGGAGGCGCCCGGAUCUGCUACAUCUUCCACGAGACGUUCGGGCGGACGCUGGAGUCUAUCGACCCUCUGACCGGGCUGACCACGCUGGAUGUGCUGACUGCUAUCCGCAACGCCACGGGUCCACGGCCUGCCCUGUUUGUCCCCGAGGUGUCCUUCGAGCUCCUGGUCAAGAGGCAGAUCAAGCGACUGGAGGAGCCUAGCCUGCGCUGCGUGGAACUGGUCCACGAGGAGCUGCAGAGGAUCAUCCAGCACUGCAGCACGUACAACACCCAGGAGCUGCUGAGAUUCCCGAAGCUCCAUGAUGCGAUUGUGGAGGUUGUCACGGGUCUCCUGCGCAAGAGGCUCCCCGUCACCAACGAGAUGGUUCACAAUCUGGUGGCCAUUGAGUUAGCGUACAUUAAUACCAAACAUCCAGACUUCAGUGAUGCUGCGAUGGUGUCAGCUUCCGUCAACAGCUCCCAGGGUGAAGCCCCCCAGGACGCUGCCCGGAAGUGGAAGCCGGAGAAGGCAGAAGACAGACCGUUGGAGGAAAGGUCUCGGAACGCCGUCUCCAGCCCUCCCAAAGGACACAUCAUGAAUCUCCUGGACGCGCCCGUUCCGGUCUCCCGGAAGCUGAGCCUGAGGGAACAGCGAGACUGCGAGGUCAUUCAGCGGCUGAUCAAAUCCUACUUCCUGAUCGUCCGCAAGACCAUCCAGGACAGUGUGCCCAAGACGGUGAUGCACUUCCUGGUGAACUACGUGAAGGAGAAUCUGCAGAGUGAGCUGGUCGGACAGCUUUAUAAAUCCCAGCUCUUCGACCGACUCCUCACCGAGUCUGAGGACAUGGCGUCUCAACGGACAGAGGCUGCGACCAUGCUCAAGGCUCUGCAGAGAGCGAGUCAGAUCAUCUCGGAGAUCAGGGAGACCCAGCUCUGGUAGUUUGUAAACGAUUCCAUCGAUUCUCCCAUCCCAGGCGGCCGUGCUGAGAUACCACUUCCCUCUGCCUACCGAGACCCCCGCAGCCUGGGGGAGGGAGCAGGGGUUUUGGGAAAGAUGCUGCCUCGAAUCUGGGGGAAACGUUUCUACGCUCUGUCUUUGACAGCCACUUGCUCACAAUCCAACGCUGCGGUGCCACGUCAUCUCUGUGUGGCUCCCUCUGUGGGAGUCUGCAGCCUGUUACCCAGGGGGCUCCCUCUUCCUCCCUCCAUCACCCCUCUUAUCGCACACUCUGCACACACUCUCCUCCUCGUCUCUCCUCACUCCCCAUCUCUGUCUCACCACCUCCUGUCUUCCAACCCUCCCUCUCUCUGUCUCACUCUGCCUGUCCAUCUCUCUCUCUCUGUGUCUCUCUUUCUCUCUCGCUGUCUCUCUCUCUGUCUCUCUUUUCUCUCUCUCUCUGUCUCUCUCUGUGUCUCUCCCGCUGUCUCUCUCUCGCUGUGUGUGUGUGUCUGUCUGUCUCUCUGUUGUUCCGUGUUGCGCUCUGUGUCUCUCUUUCUUUUCUGUCUUUCUCUCUCUCUCUUUCUCUCCUGUCUCUCUUUUCUGUCUUUCUCUGUCUCUUCUAUCUGUCUGUCUCUCUUUCUCUUUCUCUCUCUCUCUCUCUCUCUCUCUCUCUCCCCCCCAUCUCUCUCUC